AUGACGAACUCAAAUGACCCCCGUUCAUCCACAACAGCCAUCCCUCUCCCCGUCUCCAAUACUCCUUCUCCAAAUAAUACUCCCUUAACCACAUCCUCCUCCUCCACCCCCGCUCCCAAUCCCCAGCCUCUAACCUCCAAAUGGCCCACCGCCAGCGACCUCGCCGGAUCCAACCUCCCCUGCCGCCUCGAAGGCGAAGUCGCCUCCCUCGUAAUUCUCGGUACUAUUCCCUCCCAAAUCCACGGAACAUUUUACCGCGUAACCUGCGACCCAUUUAUCCCACCCCACCCACAAAACGUGCCCAUCGAUGGCGACGGACACAUAUCCGCCUUCCGAUUCCACGACGGGAUUGUCGAUAUGAAGUUACGGUAUAUUGAGACUGAGCGAUAUGUAUUGGAGCAACGGGCUAAUAAGGCGCUGUUUGGUUUAUAUCGGAAUCCGUAUACGCAUCAUCCGUGUGUCAGGGGAGCGGUGGAUAGUACUGCUAAUACGAAUUUGGUGAUGUGGGGUGAGAAGUUGUUGGCGUUGAAGGAGGGAGGAUUGCCGUAUGAGGUUGAUGGGGAUACGUUGGAAACUUUGGGGUACGAUCCUUUUGGGGAUCAGGGGAUUCAAUCAAAGACUUUUACUGCGCAUCCGAAGGUCGAUCCGUUUACGGAGGAACUGGUGGUGUUUGGUUAUGAGGCGAAGGGAUUGGCGACGUUGGAUGUGGUGAUUUAUACGCUUGAUCGGGAUGGGAGGAAGGUGGAGGAGUUGUGGGUGCAGAGUCCGUGGUGUGCGUUUAUUCAUGAUUGUGCUAUUACGGAGAAUUGGUUGAUACUUAUGUGUUGGUGUUUCGAAGCGGAUAUUGAGAGGAUGAAGAAGGGAGGACAGCAUUGGGCGUGGGAUUAUGAGAAGAAUGCUACGUUUAUUGUUAUUCCGAGGAGGAAAUCGACGGUGUUGCCGGAGGGGUGGAAGGUGGGUGAGAGUAGGUAUUAUGAGUGGAAGAAUUGUAUGCCGGUUCAUACGGCAGGGGCUUGGGAAGGAAAAGAUGGGAAAUUGUAUAUGGAAAGUUCGAGGGUGCAUGAUAAUGCUUUUCCGUUCUUUCCACCGGAUGACGGACGCAUGCCGAGUGCGGAUACGAAGGGAGAUUUUGUGCGCUGGGAAUUCGAUUUGGGUCAACCGAGUGGGAGUAAGAUACCGGACCCAUUGGUCAUAUUGAAUGUUCCUUGCGAGUUCCCAAGAAUCGAUGAGAGAUUCAUGACGAAGGAGUAUGAGUGGGUGUUCUUGGAUGUCUUUAUCCCGGGACAGAGUGAUGGGAAGAGUAACAUAUACCAAGGACUGAAUGGUCUGGCGAUGCAUAACAACAGGACGAACGAAACCACAUAUUUCUACGCAGGAGACGAUUCGCAUAUUCAAGAACCAAUUUUCAUUCCUCGAUCGAAAGAUGCCAAGGAAGGAGAUGGGUGGGUCAUGGCGAUGGUAGAGAGAAGAAUGGCUAAUCGGUGCGAUUUGGUCGUCAUUGAUACGAGAGAUUUCGAAAAGGCAAUUGCCAUUGUUGAGUUACCGUUUCAUAUCAAAGCUCAAGUACAUGGGAAUUGGGUUGAAGCCACCGAGACUAGGGGAAUGAAAAGUUUAGUUCGAGAGAUGGAUGAAGUUAAGAUUAGUGGGAAAGGCGCGUUAGAACCCAUGAACUAA